AUGGACACUUUCGAAGACCCCAGCAGAACCAGACUUUUGAUGGACGAGGAGGAAAGCUAUUCACGCGACUUCCACCGGCGACUGGUCGAGUCGGCUUCUCCCAUUCCUCAGUAUACCCCUCGCAGACCUCUGAUCGAACAAUGCACCAAUGAAUGGCAACAGCACACUCAAUGGAAGAGCCGGCGGAACAGUUCUCCGGAUGGCUUCGACGACGCGCUCGAGUCCUUCUUUGACCGCUGCCUUGCGAUACUCAAGGCACCCAAGAUCCGUCGGUAUCUUCUUCUGUACACAGUCAUCUUGAUAUUCUCGAUCUGGCUGUGGUCAUCGAUGAUAUGGCCCGUUUGGGCAGAGCAGCGCAUGCUGGCUCGCUCGCUUUCAGCAGAAAAUAGGAGGGCGUCUGGAGGGUUGUUUGGGUCCAACCUUCGUCCAACCUUUCCAAACAUGAUACAGGUGAAGGACUUGGAUACCAAGUUCGUCCCCAAGGCUACUGCGUCAAAGGAUGCAAGGGCAGAUAAUGUCAACCGCCUCAUAUUUGUUGGUGAUGUUCACGGCUGUCUUGACGAACUGAAGGCUCUCUUAGCAAAAGUGAAUUUCAACACCAAGACAGAUCAUCUGAUAGCUGUGGGUGACGUUAUCGCCAAAGGGCCCGACUCAGGUGGCACCGUGGAUUUUCUACGAGAGACAGGUGCUUCCUGUGUGCGAGGCAACCACGAAGACCGCAUCCUCCUCAUGGCACACGACGCGAACUCAUCGCCACUGAAAGUCGAAACCCCAGCCUCGCAGUCCUCGUCCGAUUCCUCCCCCGCCCGAACCCUCGCCGCCUCCCUCACCGCCUCCCAAAUCGCCUACCUAGAAAGCUGUCCCCUCAUCCUCCGCGUCGGCUUCCUCAAGCCGCUAGCCAGCGACCUGGUCGUCGUUCAUGCCGGGCUCGUCCCCGGCAUCCCCUUGGACCGCCAAGAUCCCACCUCGGUCAUGAACAUGCGCAGCAUCCACCUCAACACCCACGUUCCCUCCAAGGAACCCAACCCGGAGGGCAGCGUCCACUGGGUCAAGCUGUGGAACAAAUACCAGCAGUCGCUACCAGCCCAGUGGUCCUUCUUCCCGUCAGGCAUUUUCGGGGCGCAGAGUGCCAAGGAGAAACGUACUACGGUUAUAUACGGUCAUGACGCCCCGAGGGGCCUGCAGCUCAAGCAGUACUCGAAGGGUAUCGAUACGGGCUGCGUGAAGGGAGGGAAGCUGACGGCGUUGGUGUUGAGUGCCAAUGGGAGUUGGCAGACGGUGCAGGUACAAUGUAAGGAUUAUCGGAAGCGGAGGCCGCUGGAUGUCGAGGUGGAGGAUGUGUUGAGGGAUGGAAAACUGAGCAAGCCAGACGACGAACAGGAGGAGUGA